CUAAAGAGUUUAUUCAAGCGAAAAGCUGGUAAUAGCCAUUCCAGGACACACCGACUCCAGAGAAAUGGGGUCAGUGCUCUGAAGUUAAAAUUAAGUUAUUGCUUUUAUAGGAAGAAGACAAAGAAAUUUAACAGGAUUACAGUUUCUAUACAAAGCUGGUUUGGGAAUUACAACACAUUAAUUCAUUUGAUUUCUUUUCCAUACAGCUUGUUUUCUUUUCUUUAUAGAGGAUGUUCAUUUUGUUUCCAACUUAAAAGAGUGUAUUUAACAUUUCAUCUUAAGAAAAUGAAAUAGCCAUUAAGUCUUCGUGUGGGAAAGGUAAGAGGGAGGCUAAUCUAUAAUGAAGAUCAACAAUGGAGAGGGAAGAGGUUUUCCCUGACACUCUUCAGUCAUUUACAACAUUUUACAAAACAAUACAGGUAAGGAAGAAGGUCUAUAAUUAGAGAAACAAAGUUUACAGCUGCCUAGUUACAGCUGUCUAGGAUAUAGCUGCUUUUCAGGCCCCAUAAUCACAUUCUUUUAAGGCUCAAAAUAAUUUGGAGUUCCAACAACUUAGAUUUCAAAUUACUUAUUUUCACAACUGAAUUCUACAGGUGCCACUAUAAAUAUAGACUAAAUUAAAAAUCCUCUAGAAAUGAGUCCUCUAGUCCUCUGUGCUUCUAAAACUAGAGCUAGGAGAAAAAAAAACAGUGCUGAUUACAGAACUUACCUUAAAACAAUGCUAAAAUUUAAGUACCACCUAAUACUUUAUUAAAUGUUAAAAUAAUCCUAUUUAAUACAGUACUACUCUCCAAGAAAAAAGUUACAUUGGCCACUGGUCACUUUUAGGGAAUUGUGUAUAUCUGUCCUUCUUGACAGAAUUAAUGAACAACACAGGUAAGGAAGAAGGUCAAUGAUAGGUACAAAAAAUAGCAAGUGAAUAUUUUAAAUUGCUUCUUAUUUAAAAAUUAAGUAACAACUUAGAAGACAAAUAGUUAUUAUUUUCUGAAUGUCUGACUUCCUAGGGGUGGCAUAAAAGGGAAGGACAAAUAAAGCCCAGUGCAGCAGGCCAGUAUCUAAAAUUAAACCAUGAGUAAAAUGCUUAGGGUGCAAUGUUCAUUUUUUUUGUAAGGUGAAGCAAGGCAAGCUAGAGGUUCUGUCUGGAGUGAUAUAAAUUAUUAUACUAAACAGCUUCUUUCCAUUGUCUAGAAAAAAGCCAGCCAAUUACACUUUAGAAGUCGUGUUGAGCUGAGAUUCCCACAUAAUCCAUAAAGUUGAUGUAGUAUUCCAGGAGUUAAGAAAGUAUAAACGUUACUGUUUAAUUAGUACAGCUUCAAUUAUACUGUCAGCGUUGUGUUAAAAGACAUUCUUCCUGGACUUUUCUGGUGUACACAGAGAUACGCUUUUCUAAAGCACCUGUUCUCAGUGAAAAACAUCCUGUGAACAUCUGUCUCUUUAUAAUGUCUGUAUGAUAUGUAUAGAAAAUAGUGAGUGAAUACUUUAGAUUGCUUCUUAUUUAAACAUAACACGAUAUGUAUAGAAAAUAGUGAGUGAAUACUUUAGAUUACUUAUUUAAAUAUAAUACAUAAGUGCAACACACUAGCGUAGGUAGUAUCCUAGCUCAGAAAAAAACAGCUGUUAAAGACAUUCCUUGAUUGUACAUCAUGGAAACUUGAAAACAGAUUGAUUAUUAAGUGAUAUUGGGGAAUUGAUGUUUUCUUAGGUUGAAUGAUACUGUGGUUAUGAAGCAAGUGUCCUCAGUCUUAGGAGAGACAGGCUGAAUUAUUUAGGGGCGAAGCAUUUUGAUGUCUGCAACUUACUCAAACAGUAUUACAAAAAGGCAUAUCUAUUACCUGUAUAUUUAGAUUUUUUUCACAAUAAAGAAUGGGAGUGCCCUUUCCACAAGAUGGCACAAAAAGAUAAGAAGGAAGCUCCUGCCCCUCCUAAAGCCGAAGCCAAAGCAAAGGGUUUGAAGGCCAAGAAGGCAGUGUUGAAAGGUGUCCACAGGCACAAAAAGAAGAUCUGUAUGUCACCACCUUCCCACAGCCCAAGACACUGCAACUCUGGAGACAGCCCAAAUAUCCUCAGAAUGUAGCAGGACGAGCCACAGACAAAACUCCUCAGACACCGAGUUAAAGAAGGAAGGGGUUUAUUCGGCCAGGGGCAUCGGCAAGACUCCUGUCUCAAGAGCUGAGCUCCCUGAGUGAGCAAUUCCUGUCCCUUUUAAGGGCUCACAACUCUAAGGGGGCACACAUGAGAGGGUCGUGAUCGAUUGAUCAAGCAGGGGGUACGUGACUGGGGGCUGCAUGCACUGGUAAUUAGAUAGGAAGAAAAUAGGAUAGGGAUUUUCACAGUGCUUUUCUAUACAAUGUCUGUAAUCUAUAGAUAACAUAACCAAUUAGGUCAGGGGUCGAUCUUUAACUACCAGGCCCAGGGUGUGGUGCCUGGCUGUCUGCUUGUGGAUCUCAUUUCUGCCUUGUAGUUUUUACUUUUUCUUUCUUUGGAGGCAGAAAUUGGGCAUAAGACAAUAUGAGGGGUGGUCUCCUCCCUUAUUCCCCCUCUUUGAGACUCUCACAUAAUAGUGGGAGUUCUCACUUUCAUUUUUACUAUCUGUGUCUUCUUGCAAGACAGAUAGAUAAUGAUUCAUAUAGUACAUUUGUGCUGAAGCAUUUUGGUGAACUAAGGUAGCAAUGAAGCUUUCUAUCAUUUGAAGAAGUACAGGUAGCAAACAAGGGAGCAGUAAGCAGGUUGCUAUUACUAUUAUAACUCUUAUUAUAAGAGUUUUAAUCCUCCUAGAGCUGGGAACUAUUUUCUAAACACGGCCCCGGUAUCAAAUCCAUGCCACACUUGCAUGGGCACAUGUGCCAGUUUUGUCACAUCUCUAACUAUGUCUUUAACUACUUGCCCUUGAUUAUCUAUGUGUAGGCAGCAAUUAGUAAGGUUAAAUUUCCUACAGACCUCUCCUUCAGCUGCUAGCAAGUAGUCGAGAGCUAAUCUAUUUUGAUAGAUAGCAUUUCUCAUCUGAGUUUCUUGCUGGGCCAGAAUAGUCAAGGCUCUGCCGGUUUUAUUAGUUAUUAUUUUUAAGACAGCUUGUAACCGUAUGAUUCGGUUGAUCAUGUAAAUGGGAGUCCGGUAUCCUCACGAGCCAUCUGGUGCCUAAGUAGCAGGCCUCUAACAUUGUAUGAUUCUCUCAGGGGGUUACUUAUCAUUUUUUCAAUUUCCUAUAGCUAUGCUUCUCUUUUCAUGGGAAGCAUAGACAGGGAAGCCUAGAAGUUCACCUGUUUUUAUGGGCAGUAAGAAGAAAGAUGGUUUAAUAGUGCCAAUAAUACAACUACCUGCCUACUGGUUAGGUAAUUUGGCAGAAGCUCUAUGCAUACAUAUGCAGUAUAAUCCAGUGGGGGCUAUCCAGUCCCAGUGGGACUCCAGGUGGGUCCACAUGGUCUGCAACUUUGGGAAUUUACUAAAUGGAUUUCUCACUGUGUGAUUUGAACUCCACCAAGUGACUAUUUUUGUGAUACCAUUACACAGUUUCUGUCUCAGACAACUGUCAUCCUACGGGGUGAGUGAAUUCUUUUCCUUCUCUAGCUAUGCAAUAUUGUCCAAUAAUCAAGGCUUUUAGGACCUAGAAAUUAUCAGGGUGAUUCUUUUGAGCCAGGAAUUCAUCAGGAACUGGGUCUGUAGGUACUAAUUCUCGGCCUUCCUAUGGCCAUUGAUCGCCUAUUACAGUUCCUCCACAUACAUAACAUGAAGUGACAUUGAGAGACUGGGCUACAUGCUCGGCUAAUUGCAAAAACAAAUUUCUUGUUUUUCUUGGAAUUUCUGGUACUGGCAUUUAGUUCAUCACAGAAAGUUUGAAACACUGGCUCAGGAGAGCGUUCGUAAACUUCUCAAACCAAGAUAUUUACUCGAGGAUCCAGUCCGGCCCCGUCAAUUCCUAAGGUCACGUGCUCCUUUUUUUUCCAGCGAGGAUCAAGGGGAUUGGUUAUUACUAGCUCUAAGGGGUUACAUUAUCCCUUAGCACAGGAAGGGCCAUUUUUUCCUUUCUGAAGGUGGACUGGAUCCUUUUCAUUUUUUUUUUUAUCCAAGUGGCCUAAAUGACACAAGACCAGUAUUUACAUUUAUUUCUACACAGUCCUUAUUUAUGACAGAUGUACUUAUUUUCUGCCAUAUAGCCUCUUUUCUAAUUAACAGAACCACAUCUUAUUCUUAACUUAUUACUAUUAAUGACAGCACAGGCAUCAAAUUUCAAGGUGACUUGUUUGAGCACCCCUUUUUCUUCUGUUUUGGCUAACACUUUUCUCAUAUCGUUUAUGAGCCUCCACCAGUCCUCAGUCCUUAAUCUUAUUUUAAAAACUGUGGUCAUAGGAGGCUCAGAUGGGUCAUAACACACAUCAGGUUGGUCAUUUCCUGGGCUACACACCUUGUAUAGAAUAACAUUAUACAAACAAGUUCUUUUUAGAGUUCCAGUACACUUAUAAAAAUCAUAAAAUAAUAGGACUGUAGCAACCUUUUGUCCUACCUAAGUGACUUGAUGUGUACACUGGGAACAGCCCUCAGUCUGAGGAAAGUCAGUUGAAGUCCUUACUGUAAAAGUCCAAAUUUUAAGGAAAAUAAGUAUCGCAAUGAGUUUUCUCAUGCUUCGGCCGUGCGUGGACUAGUCAGCUUGCGGGUGUGACUGCAGCAGGGCUUGUCGUCUUCUUCAGAGUCACUUUGCAGGGGUUGGCGAAGCUGCUCCCGUCCAUGUACCUCUCACAGUCUACUGAUGUUUAAGGAUGGUCUCGGAGGUUGGGCCCACUAGAAUAAACUAAGUCCAACACCUCUACACAUUUAUGUUCAACUGGGCUCUCUGAUACUGGGAGCAAGGUGGUGGGGUUUAGGGUGUUGCAAACCUCAAUGGUUAUGUGGGGAUUUUCAUAUAGCAAGCUUUGGUACUUGGUUAAUCUAGCAUUUGUUAACUAAUGAUGUCCUUUGGUAGUCAUUAAAGUUACCACAGCAUGGGGGGGCCUUUAUAUUCAGGUUUUGCUUAAGGGUUAGUGUAUCUGCUUCUUGUGCUAACAGGGCCAUUGCUGCUAGGGUCCUUAGACCUGGGGGCCAGUCUUUGGAAACCUUGUCUAGUUGUUUUGAGAGAUGGGCCACUGGCCUUGGCCAGGGCCCUACAGUCUGGGUUAAAACUCCAACUGCCAUUUCUUCUCUUUUUGACACAUAGAGUGUAAAGAGUUUUGUCAGGUCAGGUCGCCCCAGGGCUGGGGCCGACAUGAGUUUUUCUUUUAACUCAUGAAAAGCUCGUUGCUGUUGGCUGUAAUAGAUGUAGUUUAUCUAAUCUACAUUUUUAUUAACUGUCACCUACCAAAAUAUUGACUCAAAUCCUGCAGCUAUUUGAUUUCAAGCUUUAAAUUGAUCUCGUAUUUCUCAUGGGACUCCAAUUGCGUCUAAAUAGACAUGAGAGUCGAAAGACCCAAAAGGGGCUUCUCUCACUUUAUGAUGUCUUAUUUUUUUUCCUUCUGGUUGAUGAAAUGCCAGGGUGAAAGGGAUAGCCAAUUGGACUAAAGUACAACUGCCACUCCAGUUAUUCGGCAGAGUGCCCAGUAAAGGUCCACCACAGUACCACCACACAUCCACUCGGGGAUGAACAAGGGCUGACUGAUUGAUAAGCUCUUGAAAAUUCUUAAGCUCACCGCAUCCUUUCAGGUCUCCAAGGAAUGCUAAGUUUCCUCCCUGUCAUGAGAGACACGAAGUGAACUUAGUGUUGGGAGACGGAGGCUGGAUGGCCCUCGGGGGCUGACCCACAGGGCACUGGACUUUGGGAUAUAGCAGAGAGAGCUUGGCACAACUUAUUACUCCAGGCUGUAGAAUCCUGGAAAACAGCUACCAUGCAGCCCACACCUGGCCGACUGGAGGACCACCUUAGUGGAAAGGGGACAAUUUGGGCCUCUGGCCCUGCCAUGUGCACAAGCAUAACAAUUGCUUUUGUUUAACGUGCAGAUGGAAUAUUUGAUCCAUUUUAACCAGGCAUUUGCAUCUUGGUACCCUGUCUUAAUUGCUAAAGUUUGUUUUAAGUCUUUAACUUCUAUCAUCCUCUAGUAAAAUAAAUGUAUGGUUUUAGGAAAUUACAAAACCGGUUGAGGCAGUCCAUUCUUGCUCUUUAGUGGUCCACAGAACGUUGGACCAACUAUGGCAUGAAAGCUCUACAUCGGGGGGCAAGACUCCUUGUUGGCACUGGGGUCUUUAUCUAUAUCUCCCCGGAUUAAAUGGUCCUAGUUUACUAAUGCCCAGCCUGAGGAGAGUCAGGAGGGACAGAAGUGCUUUUCUGAAGUAGAAAGCUGUCUUUGACUUGGCAAGUCCUCACAGGCCACGCUUCCACUCAAAUGGAGUAGGCAAGUUCCCAAGACCAAUCCUGUCAAGCUAUUCAAACCAAGUCAAAACCAAAACCAAAGUGCCGAUAAACGCAUGCCGUGGGUGAUCAGGCCACAGUUCCACUCAAAUGGAGUGGGCAAGUUCCUAAGACCAGUCCUGUCAACCAAUUCAAACAAAGUCAAAAACCAAAACCAAAACCAAAGUGCCGAUAAAGGCAUGCCAUGGGUGAUCAGGCUAAGCUUCCACUCAGAGUGGACAAGUUCCCAAGACCAGUUCCCAAGGCAAGCAUUAAAUGCAAUAGUUUGAGGUGAAAUCAACUUGGUUAUGUUAAUAACUAGAUGGUCAGCAAUAGAAUGAGGAAAGAAGAAAGGGUAAUAGAUAGAUGAAAAGAGUUAAAUUUUUCUUAGCUUUAGUUUGGUAGGAUUUUCCCCUGGGACUAUGGCCUAGGACUCUGGAGGGGGUGGUGCUUUCUUGACUCAGGUGUGAUGAGUCCAUCCUUUUUUUUUUUUUUUUUUUGCUGUACGAACAGCAGUCUUAGUGGUUAGCAGCACAAGGUAGGGUCCUUCCUAGGCUGGCUCCAGUUUUUCUUCUUUCCACUCUUUGAUGAUAAUGUGAUCUUCAAGCUGGUGCUAGUUUACCAGAAAUUCUAGGGGUGGUACAUGUGCUAAAAGACUUUUAGUUUUUCUUUUUUGUGAGAAAGGAAAGUGGAAGAUAAACCAAGUAUAUAAUUUUUAAGAAAUUGACCUUUUGCUUUAAAUAUGGGGCCCUUGGCAGUGGACUUUAUAGUCCUUAGUGCCUUUUUACUGAGAAAUUUCCUUUAGCACCUAUUUUUAUUAGUUUUUAAACCAAAGAAAGCCAAAUACCAUUUUACAUUUAACAAUGCUGCUCAUAUGAUUUUUAUACCAGAUAAGCUAAAUUUUAUCUUUAUAUUAGUGUGUUAUUAAUGUUAAACCUAAUUUUAAUAAAACCUUGUAGACAUAUUUAUUUAAUUUUUAAUGUUUGACUACAAGGUAAGAUUUUAUAGACUCUUUAACCUUCUGUAAUUUUUGCUAAAGAGCAGGUUGGUGCUUUAAGAAAAACCUGUUAUGCUUUUAAUUUAAUGUCCAGUUCACAGAAAAACUGGAUGAUACUUCUUUAACUUUAGCUAAUAUGUUUACACACAUCAUUUUCUUUACAAUUAACAUUUUAAAACUUGCUUAAACCUUCAAAACAAUAAUUUUUUAAAACUUUUUAAUGCAGGUAAAAAUGUACAUUCUUAGGCCUCCUUAUAAUCCUUUUACCAAAGGUACAUUUUACUUUUCUUAUAGAUCUUGCACAUAAACUGUUUUCUUUUUUUUUUUUUUCAAUAGUUUUACAUUCAGGAGGCCUAGUUACUUUUAAAUUAUACAACAUUUUUUGCAUAAAUUCUUUUUUAUAACAUUUUUCUUUUUCAUGACUUUCGCAGAUAAUUCUUCGACAUGCCUCAACUUUCUGACUUAUUACAGGUAUUUAUUUCUUUAAACAACCAGUUAAUUUAUUUCAGGACAAGAAUUUACCACAUAAUACUUUUUUUAUAUAAAUUCCGCCCCCCCCUUUUUUUCCUUUUUUUUUCUUUAGGAUACUUCUGAACUGGUGAGGUGCGAUCACAAUGAGAUUUCCCCUGAAAGUUAUUAUUAUUAUUAUUUUUACCUUUUUUGUUUGUUUGUUAGCAAAGCAGUUGCCGCUACAGAUUGAAUGCAUUUGGGCCAUCCACGGGUUACUGGGUCAAGGAUUUUUGAUAGGAUGGCCUCAGUGCUUUUGGGAUACGCCCUUGUUUACACUGACAACAAAGUGGUAUUGGAGUGUUAUAGAGUUACAGAGAAUACCUUCAAUUAUUAAUUAUAGGUUUUAAAUUUACCUUGGCUUUUAAAGGAAUAGGGUACACUUUUUUUUUCUUAACUACUUGUGUAUCUCUCUGACUUUUCCUUUUGCCUCUGUCUCUUCUCUCUCUGCCUCUCUCUUUCUCUCUCUCCUUAACUCCCUCUUUGUCUGUCUCUUCCUCUCUCCCUUUGUCUCUUUUCCUCUCUGUCUGUUUCCUUUCUCUCUCUCUGCUGUUCUUUCCCUGCCUCUGCCAGCCCCUUAUGCUGCUGUUCUCUCAACCACUGUGUGUUGGGGGUGGGGGGUCUAAAACAAGCUGUAACCAAGUAUCUAUGUAUGGAAACUGGUCUGGGUUCCCUGGCUUACAGGUUACCUUGUGCCAUACCUUUGAAACAAGGGACUUGUCCAGGCUUCCUUCUAAUGGCCAGCCUACCUCUAAUGCUGGCCAGCCUAUCUUACACAAAGUUUUAAGUUUUCCUAGUGUCAUAGUACUCCAUAGUCUCCUUUAAAUUUUUUUUGAAAAUUUUCAACAUAGUUCCUAGUAGGGUGGGCUUAUUUGUGCCUGACCUAUGCUUCUUGGAGACAAAACACCACACACACCACAUGCACACCAGAAAACAAAGAACAGGUAAAAAGGGCACACACACACACACUUUUGCAGUUUGCACCAAACCAAAAUCAAAACCAAAAUCAGAGUAUCCAGAAAUCCAAGCCAGGUCAAAACCAAAACCAAAGUAUCCAGCAAUCCAAGUCAAGUCAAAAAGAAAAACCAAAGUGUGGGUACAGGCACACCAUGGGUGAUCAGGUGACGUGUCCACUCAAAUGGAAUAGGCAAGUUCCCAAGACCAAUCCUGUCAAGCUAUUCAAACCAAGUCAAAACCAAAACCAAAGUGCCAAUAAAGGCAUGCCGUGGGUGAUCAGGCCACACUUCCACUCAAAGGGAGUGGGCAAGUUCCUAAGACCGGUCCUAUCAAGCAAUUCAAACCAAGUCAAAAACCAAAACCAAAACCAAAGUGCUGAUAAAGGCACGCCGUGGGUGACCAGGCUACGCUUCCACUCAAACAGAGUGGACAAGUUCCCAAGACCACUCCUGUCAAGCAAUUCAAACCAAGUCAAAACCAAAACCAAAACCAAAACCAAAGUGCCGAUAAAGACACGCCAUGGGUGAUCAGGCCACGCUUCCACUCUAACGGAAUGGGCAAGUUUCAAAGACUAGUCUUACCAAGUUUUAGAUGUCCAGACUCCAAGUGCCCAUUCCUUCCCGGUGUUCAGCCACUGCGUUGAUCCUCCACAGGGGCGUGCCACACACUGCUCUGGCAAGGCAUCCUACCGGGGCAAAUGCCUACCCGGGAGCACUCUCAGGAUCCGUGUUGCUUGGGCCGGUCGGAGUCCCCUGCAGGGAUGUUCCACAGGACAGGCUUAUGCUGCCUAAGGAGCUGCCUCGACCAUCUGCCAAUCACCUUGCUUCCCAGUCAGGGAACCAAGAAAUGUAGCAGGACGAACCGCAGACACAACUCCUCAGACACCAAGUUAAAGAAGGGGUUUAUUUGGCCGGGGGCAUUGGCAAGACUCCUGUCUCAAGAGCUGAGCUCCCCGAGUGAGCAAUUCCUGUCCCCUUUUAAGGGCUCACAACUCUAAGGGGGUGCACGUGAGAGGGUCAUGAUCGAUUGAGCAAGCAGGGGGUACGUGACUCGGGGCUGCAUUCACCGGUAAUGAGAUCAGAACAAAACAGGAUAGGGAUUUUCACAGUGCUUUUCUAUACAAUGUCUGUAAUCUAUAGAUAACAUAACCAAUUAGGUCAGCGGUCGAUCUUUAACUACCAGGCCCAGGGUGUGGUGCCGGGCUGUCCGCUUGUGGAUUUCAUUUCUACCUUUUAGCUUUUACUUUUUCUUUCUUUGGAGGCAGAAAUUGGGCAUAAGACAAUAUGAGGGGUGGUCUCCUCCCUUAAGAAGAGCGUCCCCAGGAGAAACAAGCUUGACCACUAUGCUAUCACCAAGUUUCCUCUGACCACUGAGUCCGCCAUGAAGAAGAUAGAAGACAACAACACACUUGUGUUCAUUGUGGAUGUUAAGGCCAUCAAGCACCAGAUCAAACAGGCUGUGAAGAAGCUCUAUGACACUGAUGUGGCCAAAGUCAAUGCCCUGAUUAGGCCUGAUGGAGGAAGAAGGCAUAAGCUCCACUGGCUCCUGAUUACAAUGCUUUGGAUAUUGCCAACAAAAUUGGGAUCAACUUUGUUGCUGACCCAACAAAACUGGGAUAUUGCCAACAAAAUUGGGAUCAUCUAAACUGAGUCCAGCUGGCUAAUUCUAAAUACAUGUAUCUUUUCGCCAGGUACAUGCCUCUUUGUCAACUUCUGGUUGGGCUGGGGAGGCCAUUCACAGGUAUUGAGGUUGUGUAAUAGGGCCUGGGCAAGACUCCUGUUCUACUUAUCCUUUUGGAACACUCACUCUGCCACUCCACCAUGCUUGAUCACUCCAGAGAUCUUUAUGACCAGAGCUAGUUGUCCUAAGAAAACCAGAACUUGUCUCCAUGGUAGAGGUAAGAAAACAGGAAGCUGCCAGGUGGCGGUGGCUCACGCCUAUCACUUUGGGAGGCCCAGGCGGGCAAAUCACUUGAGGCCAGGAGUUCGAGACCAGCCUGGCCAACAUGGUGAAACCCCAUCUCCACUAAAAAGACAAAAAUUAGCCGGGCGUGGUGGUGGGCACCUGUAGUCCCAGCUACUCAGGAGGCUGAGGCAGGAAAAUCUGGGAGGCAUAGAUUACAGUGAGCUAAGAUCUGGCCACUGCACUCCAGCCUGGGUGACAGAGCGAGACUCUGUCUCAAGAAAAAAGAAAAAAGAAGAGGCUUUACAAGAACCCCUUCUUUUAUCCCUGGAAGAGGCCAUGUGUGAAACCAAUGCCCACAGUUUGAAGGGCAUUAGCAUUCAUCUCAGGGGAGUGUAGGUUGGCUGGCUUUCAGGUAGCACUUUGACCUCACACACCCACCUACUAUGUCCAACUGGUCUGUCUGCUUCCCUCAGCCCUUACCCAAUAAAGGACAAGGACUUAAAACAAAAAAGAGCGGGAGUGAGGGGAACAAAGGGCAUCUUUUUUUUUGAGACAGCGUCUUGCUCUGUCCACCAGGCUGGAGUGCAGUGGUGCCAUCUUUGCUCACUGCAACCUCCAUCUCUGGGGUUUAAGCGGUUCUCCUGCCUCAGCCUCCCUAGUAGCUGGGAUUACAGGUGCGCUCCCCUAUGCCUAGUUUUUGUAUUUUUACUUGAGACAGUGUUUCACCAUGUUUGCCAGCCUGGUCUCGAACUCCUGACAUCAGGUGAUCCUCCCGCCUUGGCCUCCCAAAGUGCUGGGGUUACAGGCGUGAGCCACCACGCCCAGCCUUUUUUUUUUUUUUUGGGAAAUGGGGUCUUCUCUGUUGCCCAGGCUGGAGCGUAGCGGCGUGAUCACAGCUCACUGCGGCCUUGAUCUCCCAGGCUCAAUCCAUCCUCCUACCUCAGCCUCUGGAGUAGCUGGGACCACAAGUGUGGGCCAUCAAGGCUGGCUUUUUUUUUUUUUAAAUUAUUAUUUGUAGAGAUGAAGUCUUGCUAUGUUGCCCAAGUUGGUCUCCAACUCCUGGGCUCGAAGGAUUCUCCUGCCUUGCCCUCCCAAAGUGCCAGAAUUACUUCUCUGUUGCUUACUCAAGAACACUAUGAAGAACUUUUGAGUAGUAACUUCAACUUACCCUUUGGGUUUGUAUGUAUGCUGUUACUUUUUUUUUCUUCUGUUGCACAAAGGUAUUAUUCACCUUGUGCAGUUUCAGUUCCACCCAGGCGCCAGCAGCUCUUAAUUACCCUUAAGUUCAGCAGCCACUCUAAGCUAGCCUGAGGAGAUAAAGUCCACACUUGACAUACAGUUCUUUACAUUCUUGCAAUGUCACACAGUCACAUUCACUUUCAAAAUGCAGAAUAGUUUGGUUUGCAUUUUUCUGCCAGUCUUAUCUGCAUUUAGAACGUGUGGCGCUGGUUUCUUUUUUGCCAAGAUAACCCCAGAGACCAGCUUUUUUUUUUUUUUUGACCCCAGCACACCCCAGGAGGACUUUUAUAAUCUUUUUGCCCAAGCACCCAUUGUUGAAUUUUACUUAGAUCUGCCUGUACUAUACUUCUUGAAACAACUAAUUUCAUCCAGCAGUUUAAAAAGCAAAUCCAGUAAGAAACUCAGAAUCACAAUUGUAUGCUCUUUCGUAGUUAUCCUAGCGUUAAAAAAGAUGCAAAUUUAGAUAAGAACCGUGUGUACCAGGAGGCUGUGAUAUCAUUUUAAAAGUAAAUGAGCACACAGUGAACAACGCCGUGCUCCCAUUAGUAUUCAAUACCUACUGUACAACAUUUCAAAUUACAGUUUAGUUUCUUCGCCACCAGGAUCCUAGCGCCUUGGGCCGUUAAGUAUUCAAAUGCUUCUCGACUGUGAUUGAAGUUGGCUGUGAGAGUUCGUCAAUGGGUCUGCAGUAUCCCAUUUAGUUUUAGCAACUGUGGCUGGUGUCCAGGAAUGUGUUCAUGCGAUCUGAAAGUAAGCCUCUGGCUUAGGACAGCGGGGGGAACCAAUUUGAUCUUAAGAGGGUCCCCGCACAGUGUUUGAGUCGCGAGGCGGGCCGGGGCAGGCCGGGAGAAGGCUGCCUGCUCCCAGGCGCUUCCUUUACCAAGAUGGCUUCGGCGCCCCGGCCCACAGGGGCGGCCAUCUUGGUAACGGCUGGAGAGGCAGCCUGAAGGAGGCCGCCGCUGGCCCUGCUGUCAGAUUCGAAGGUCAUAAUAAGGGAGUGACCCGGCGACGACUCGCCCCAACGAUGGCGAGGCGGCGAGCGCUGAAGCGCUGCCUGCAACUGCUGGCGUCCUCGGCGGAGCUGGCGCGGCGGGCUCGGAAUCGGAAGAACCCGGGCGCCUACCGCGGACGCCCCUCCCGCUACGCGGCGGCGCUUUGCGCGGGGACUCUAUGGCCGGAAGCCGCGGAACAGAGGCGGCGCGCGCUCCCGGCCACCCCAAGCGCGAGUUCUUCACCAAAGGACAUGGAUGAAAAUGAAAGCAACCAGUCUCUGAUGACAAGCAGCCAAUAUCCUAAAGAAGCAGUAAGAAAACGUCAAAAUUCAGCACGGAAUUCCGGAGGAAGUGAUUCUUCUAGGUUUUCUAGGAAAAGCUUCAAACUGGAUUAUAGGCUAGAAGAAGAUGUAACUAAAUCCAAGAAAGGAAAAGAUGGGAGAUUUGUGAAUCCGUGGCCAACAUGGAAAAACCUCUCUAUUCCACAUGUUCUCAGAUGGCUGAUAAUGGAGAAAGAUCACAGCAGUGUUCCAAGUUCUAAAGAGGAACUUGACAAAGAACUCCCAGUGCUUAAGCCAUAUUUUAUCACUAACCCUGAAGAAGCUGGAGUGAGGGAAGCUGGCUUAAGAGUCACAUGGCUGGGACAUGCCACGGUAAUGGUGGAAAUGGAUGAGCUCAUAUUUCUCACGGAUCCCAUCUUUAGCUCUCGUGCUUCACCAUCGCAGUACAUGGGUCCAAAGCGAUUUCGUCGUUCCCCGUGCACAAUAAGUGAACUCCCUCCAAUAGAUGCGGUCCUUAUCAGUCACAACCACUAUGACCAUCUGGACUACAAUUCUGUCAUUGCUUUGAAUGAGCGAUUUGGUAAUGAGUUGAGAUGGUUUGUGCCUUUGGGUCUCCUUGACUGGAUGCAAAAAUGUGGCUGUGAGAAUGUGAUUGAGUUGGACUGGUGGGAGGAGAAUUGUGUCCCCGGACAUGAUAAGGUCACCUUUGUUUUUACACCUUCCCAGCACUGGUGUAAAAGGACUCUAAUGGAUGACAACAAGGUGCUAUGGGGCAGCUGGUCUGUCUUGGGGCCUUGGAAUAGAUUUUUUUUUGCAGGAGAUACUGGUUAUUGCCCUGCUUUUGAAGAGAUAGGAAAAAGAUUUGGACCUUUUGACCUUGCAGCUAUUCCCAUCGGAGCUUAUGAACCAAGGUGGUUUAUGAAAUACCAGCAUGUAGACCCAGAAGAAGCUGUAAGGAUUCACAUUGAUGUCCAAACAAAGAAAUCUAUGGCAAUUCACUGGGGAACUUUUGCCUUAGCAAAUGAGCAUUACUUAGAGCCUCCAGUGAAGCUGAAUGAAGCUCUAGAGAGAUACGGACUUAACGCUGAAGAUUUUUUUGUCUUGAAGCAUGGAGAAUCAAGAUACCUAAAUACUGAUGAUGAAAACUUUUAAUAAAUGUGAGCACAGGCACUUUUAAUGAAAAAGGCAUCAUCUAAGUUUAAAAACAAAUGAAAAGACUUAGAAAUUCAUGAAUAUUGUGACUAUUUUACAUUUGGAAACAACUUCUGCAAGUUUAUGUUUUAUGUUUUGUGUGAUAACUUGCUUCCUAAUAUGAUCAGCUCAUGUACACUAUGAGAGAGUUCAGGGGUGGGUCAUUUAAAUAAUGAAUUGGCUAAUGUGGAUUUUAAAUUUCAUAUCAUGAUAUAAGCACUGCAAUGGAAAUGUUUUUACUAAAGCAUUAUACUUUUGUGGUACUAGAAUUUCCUGAGGUGAAAAACUGAUAUUGAAGACUCAUUUUUCUUUUUUCCAUUCUUCAGGACCUUCAGCAAGGUGAGUCAAGGCUGUCUACCUACCUAGAUUUUUUUCAGAGGCCUACAAAUACAAGUAUCUUUCUUAUAUGCACAUUAUAAUAAAUGAUGAAAUUCAGUCCAACAUGUUUAUUAUAAACAUAGCAAUUCUUGCUCUAUCAAAUUAGCUUAUAUGCCAAAUAUUAAAUAUGGUUUAUUUCGGUAAGCAUAAAAACAUAGGGGCUAUCAUUUUUAAAGACUUGAUUUUCUCUAUUGUGGUAAAAUAUAUAAAUACGUAUUUGCCAUUUUAAACAUUUAUCAUUUUAACCAUUUUUAAGUGUACAGUUCUUUCGCAUUAAUGCACCUAUGACCACCAUUCACUUAAAUUUUUAAAAGACAGAACAGUAUAUUCUUUUUUUCCUAGAGCCUUCAGAUGAGAGGGAACAGUAUAUUCUAUUGCACGUCUACAAUUCCCAAAAGACCUCUUACUUUGGGAAGCCAAGGUGGGUGGAUCACUUGAACCCAGGAGUUUGACAUCAGCCUGGGCAACAUGGUGACCUCCCGUCUCUCUCAAAAAAAAAAAAGAAGAAAAAGCCAAGUGAGGUGGUGUGUACCUGUAGUCACAGGUACUUGGGAGGCUGAGGUGGGAGGAUCACUUGAGCCCAGGAGGUAGAGGUUGCAGUGAGCUGUGAUUGUACCACUGCACUCCAGCCCGAGUGACAAAAUGAGACCCUGUCUCAAAAGAAGGCCCUCUUCUUAGCUGAGCAGAGGAAGGGAAGGAGUGUGGCUAUAAGAAUAUGAUUUAUGCCAUUUUCUGUUUUUAAAUCUAGAAGAUCUUCUAAGCACAAAUAUAGCUACAAUGAAAUAUUUUACAGACAAAAUGUUAAUAGACCAUAUUCUUUGAAUUAAAUUUGUUUUUAAUUUUCUCUACACAUUUUUUUUUCCUGGAGUCUCUUAGCUCUAAAUAUACCAAUCAGAUUUAUAAUUUUUUUUACCUGAUUCAGAUGUCUUAUAUUUUUAUAUUAAAUGAACCUUAAGCAUGAUUCUUUUGGUAAGCCAGUAUGAAUACCAGUGGUUGGGGGGGGAAGUCAGUUGACAUAAGAUUUAGUCCUAAUAAGGACUCUGUAUUCACUUGAUUAUUCUGACCCUUCCUAAGGGAGGGAGUUGGAUUAGAUACCACUGGAGGCCCACUCUGUAUUCCUAAUCCAGUCUCAGCACUUUAUUCAUACAAAAUAAUCAAAAUAGGUUUUCUACACCAAAUGCUACCCAGGCAGUGCUCUAUAAUUUAUUUGCACAUGUGUAUGUGUGGUGCCACGUUAGCCACUAAAUCUGAACUUUUACCCUGCUUUCAUCAUGGAUUUUUUGUGUAACCUGAAACAAGUCACCAAUGCUCACUGUGCCUGUUUCCUCAUUUGCAACAAGAGGAUAAUUCCGACCUACCUCUGAAAAAUGUGUAGAAUAAAUGAGUUUUUAAAGCACUUUAGAAAAUAUAAGGGAGAAAAUGAUUUCUUAAGAUAUCACUGCCUAAUACAGACAGGUAUAUUUGAAAGCUAAAUACAGGUUAAUGCUUUUGAUAAUGUAUUGUUCCUGUUGCAAAUUUAAGCAUUAUAUAUUAGGAGACUAAACAUUGAAAACUUUAUUUCACUGAUUUUUAAAUUGGAGUAAUAGCCUAAAUAAGUGUAAAUAAUCUUUAUCAAAAUUUAGUGUUUAUCUACAAAGAUGCGAAUCAGUCAAGGGGAAAUGUGUAUGCAAUGUGUGUGUAUAUAAUGUAUGUAAAUGUAUGAUUUUGGGGUACUAAAGCACAAAAAAUCCCCCAUAAAAUAAACCUUCCUGAAAAGACUGAUCAUAAACUUUUUCACUCCAAGCAGAUGUGAAUCAAGAUGUUAGGUUUAUGGUGGGUUAGCUUUGAGGUAUGUUGCCCUAAUACUAGCCAGCGUUGUUGUAGCCAUAUUCCUUGCUGCUGCACGCCGAAUUGAAAAUCCAUCUCUUACCUCUUCUCUAUGAAGCAAGCCAGGUAUGUCUUGCUUAAGUAUUUCUUCUCCAUGAAUGGCCUUAACAUUAUUUUGUAUUCAUGUGUACUGUUUAACUGAGGGUCUCGAAGCACUUUAAACUGUUGUGUUCUAUUUCCACUCGUCUGGCCUGCCUCAUUUUUCUAGGCCCUUUCGUAAGCUGUAAUUUUUUAUUACCACUCACGUUCCUUCUACACUGACACUAUUCAUUAAGAACAUCAAGCUUCAUCUCUGCUUACAGAAUCUCACCUUAUUGAGUGGGUUCCACUUUAUUUUUCAUUUGUUAUCUACAUUUUGAAGGGUUUAUGUGCAAAGUGAAAACAAAUUUUGAAAAAUAAGACAAAUCCAUUCUCUUCUUCAAUUCAGUCUAAUAUGCAUUGUAGUGUCUUUUAGUCAGUCUUAUCCUCUAAGUCAACUUGAUUUUCCUCUUUGUGAAUACCCAUAGCAAUAUGUAUAAGAUUUUAUUGAAGUUUCCUGUGAUAACUGAGGAACACUUUGCUAUGCCUCACUGCCCAAUAGGGUGGGUCAUCAAUUAGGAGAAAUCCCAAAUUAUAAAAGCCAACAUAUGCCGUGACCUACGUAGGGAAAGAUGUAUUUGUGCAUCUUCUUUCUGGGUAGUUAAAAAUUACUCCCUCUUUUCUCUAGCAUUUUGACAUUUCAGACUCAAUGCUCUGAUCUCUAGGGAGUGUGAUUAUUCAAACUAAUGAGAGAGGACAAGAAGACACAGUUUUAGAAUCCACUGCUGCUAAAGCACAUUAAAAACAAAUCCUGGUUUUUAAUGUAUGCAUAUUUUCAUAUUUAAUGAAUAUGCUUUCACUAAAUAGGGAGGUAGAUUUGAAAAAACUUAUAAAGAAAUGUGCCUUUUGGGGAAUGAAUACUUUUGUUCAUGUCUAGCCCACUGGGAAUUUUGUUUUCACCUUAUACUGAGCCCUUUUUCUAAUGUAAAAAUAUUUCUUCCAAGUUUGAUUUCUGUAUCAGGGUAACAUUGAGAUCACACAUAUUUCUGUUUGAGGAUUUGUGACUUCCUAUGGAAACAGUCUUUUAUCUAUGUAUUUACAAAUGAAAUUUAAAGUAUUCUUAAAGCUUUGCCUUAAAUACUGCUUGCAUACUGAUUUACUUAAUGCUAAGCAUGGCAGGGGUUAUAAAUUUAAAUAUAUAAGACCUGGCUGAAUCCCAGAUGUAUCAAUAAAUUGUUAUAGUAGCUUAUGGAAUAAAAAUACUAUUAAAGAUAACAAAUUUUCAUACAUUGUAUUUUUAGUCAAGUAAAAUAUGGAUGAAAAUAAAGUACUGUCAAGGGAAAAAAUAUGUAUAACCUUGUAAGUGAUUUUUCUCCUCUUUAUUAAAAAAAGAUUAUACAAUUUGGGCUCAUAAUAAAAAAUUCAAACAGUAGAACAGUGUGUAUGUAGAAGGCAUUCCCCACUCCCACUCCAGGAGUUUGGGUAUCAUUCUAGAAGUGUUCUGUCAAUACAUAAGCAUUUUUCAUUCAAACACACACGCACACACGGGAUCCCAUAUUCUUCUAUAAUUUUUGUGUUUUAAAAAACCACCGUAUUUCAUAGAUAUCUUUCCAUUUAAGCACAUUCGGAGCUCCAUCAUUCUUUUUUUUUUUUGAGACAGAGUUUUGCUCUUGUUGCCCAGGCUGGAGGGCAAUGGCGCGAUCUCAGCUCACUGCAACCUCUGCCUCCCGGGUUCAAGCAAUUCUCCUGCCUCGGCCUCCCAAGUAGCUGGGAUUACAGGCAUGCGCCACCAUGCCCAGCUAAUUUUGUAUUCUUAGUAGAGACAGGGUUUCUCCAUAUUGGUCAGGCUUGGUCUCAAACUCCCGAUCUCAGGUGAUCUGCCCGCUUCAGCCUCCGAAAGUGCUGGGAUUACAGGCAAGAGCCACCACGCCCAGUGCAGUCUUUUCAAAGACCAGAUAAUUUAUUUAACCAACUGUCUAAAGAUGGACAUUGUGAUUGAUCACACUAUUUUAUAUGUAACAUUGAAUGGAGUGGGUGAGUCCUAGGAAACAUUCUCUCCUAAAAGUUUACAUUUUUCAUUGACUAGAAGUGACCAAAAUAGAUUCUACUGAUGAGAAAAGACUUUUGAAAGCAGUAUGGUCAGGCUGGCAGGUGAGUGGACUCAGGAGCUUAGGAUUUCAUUGCUACUAAAAGAACAAGACUAUUCAGUUGUGAAACAAUGAUUUAGUCAAAUACUGAUGCUGUCUCAGAUGAGUAACUGCAAAUCACUUCAGAAGGUAGAAGGGUAGCUUAAAUGUGAAAAAGGUUACUGCCACUUCAUGUAGGGAAGAUAACAAGCAUUUGCAAAUAGCAAAAUAGAAAGAAAUAAAUGGUUUCAGUACAAGCUGUUAUACUCACUUGGCAUCAAAAUAGUCCAAAAUAAAUCUGAGAACCAUGGCAAGUUAUAGCUGUGUUAAUGAUACAAUGUGAUAUUUACUGUUUAAAUUCAGCAGCUGGGAGAAUCCCCUUAUAUGGAAGACAGAAAAUACGUUUAUAUCCAGACUGCAU